AUGGAUGCUCAUAACACCAGUGCAAACCCAAACCAGCCCCAGCCGGUCUACGCCAUGGCGUUUGGUUGCAUCAUGGUCCUGGGUCUGCCUCUCAACAUCGUGUCUCUGUGGAUCUUGCUUCGCCGCCACAGCCUCAAAUCCCCAACUGCCGUCUUCAUGGUCAACCUGGCGAUCUCAGACCUGCUGCUCGUCAUCUCCUUGCCCAUGAGGGUCUACUUUUACGCCACGGGGACCUGGCCGCUGAGCGCUCUGGCGUGCCAGAUCAUCACAAAGCUCUUUCUCAACAACAUCCGCUCCAGCUCCAUCUUCAUCACCUUCAUCAGCGUGGACCGGCUGCUGGCUGUGGUUUAUCCUCUGAGGUCACGCUGUGUGCGAACUGCGGCCAACGCCUGGAAAGCUGUGUCGCUCAUCUGGGUGUUUGUGGCCGUGAUGAACAUCCCAGAGGGUAUAAUCUUCUCAAAACUCCACAACAACUGCAGUGAGCGCGUCUGUUUUGGAUCUCGUUAUCUGUGUCGUUCUAGGUCUCCCAUGGUUUAUUUUCAGAUGGUGUUAGUGUUCCUCUUGCUGGCAGUCAAUGUUGUGUGCACUGUUCUGGUGUCCUGGACUCUGCACACACACCUGAGUGACUCUGUGAAGGUCAACAACAAGAUGAACGUCAUGCUGAUUUUCCUCAUGAACCUUGUCACGUUCACCAUAUGUUUCCUGCCCGUGUCGCUCGCUAUACUCGCACACAACGAAGCUGCAUUGACAUCUUUGGUUUGUCUGGCGGCUGUGAACUGCUGCCUGGACCCACUGUUGUAUUACUUUUCUCUGGACGCCUUCUGGAAGAAGAAAGAGGACGUGGCGCUCACUGGAGAUCAGAGGACGUGAUGUGCCCGUUGGCUGCAGGAAUGAUGAAUCUAUAAUUUGACAUUUUCCAUAUUCACGUGUAUUCACUUUCUUCCUGAGAGUUGAAGCGUUGUCACUCUCAUGUCGGUAUGAAUUAAUAUUCAGUCUCCAGAACUGAAUUCAGGUGAUUUCCUGUUGUUUGAUGUUUUGCACAUUUCUUCUUCCUUUGCUGUCGAUUGUAUUUUCCGUGGCAUUAUCCGUUAUUAACGUGCACUGUUCCUGCCUACUAAAAUAAUAAAAUGAAAUAACUCUGAUCUGUGUGUUUGCAUGUUUAACACUCGAGUUGGUUUUCAAGCGGCUGAGAAAAGACAGAAAAGGAUGUGACCCUUAUUGUAGCGUCAUCCUUCUCUUGUUGUGUGAUACUACUGUUUGAGUCUGAUAUGUAUUUCACAUUAGAAAUCUGCUGAGUGUCUCGGUGGAGCAGAGACAGCAGAUCUCUGGUCCUAAGCCCCAGCAGACUGAGGGGCAGCUGUAAGGAUCUGGAACACCUCGUCUGCAGAUUUGAAAUGAUUUGCUAAUGUGCCUAAACGCUGAGGACUGGCAGAAUAACCUCUCCCCGAGUGACUUUAACCUAAUAUUACAAUUAGAUCAUAUUAACUAUUAAUCACUCAUGUUA